AUGUUCUCCCUAGAGGGCCACACAGCUCUCGUCACGGGCGGGACUCGCGGUAUUGGGAAGGCCGUCGCCAUCGCCCUCGCCGAAGCCGGAGCCGACAUUCUGCUUGUCCAGAGAGAUGAGUCUUCCACCGAGACGCUCAACGCGGUCAGGGAUCUCGGCCGCAAGGCCAGCAUCUACACGGCCGAUCUGAGUUCGGCCGAGGAUGUCUCCAAGCUCGUGCCUCGGAUCCUCGCCGACGGGCACCAGAUCCGCAUCCUGGUCAACUGCGCCGGGAUCCAGCGAAGACACCCGUGCGAGAAGUUCCCCGACUCCGACUUCAACCAGGUGAUCCAAGUCAACCUCAACAGCGUCUUCACGCUCUGCCGGGACGUCGGCGCGCACAUGCUGCAGCUGCAACCGUCGGCCGUGACGGGACGGCGGGGGUCCAUCAUCAACUUCGCGUCGCUGCUGACCUUCCAGGGCGGGCUCACCGUGCCGGCCUACGCGGCGUCCAAGGGCGCCGUCGGGCAGCUGACCAAGAGCUUCGCCAACGAGUGGACGUCGCGCGGCAUCACCGUCAACGCCAUCGCGCCGGGCUACAUCGAGACCGAGAUGAACACGGCGCUGCUGAAUGACCCGGAGCGGCUGGCCAGUAUUAGCGCGAGGAUACCGGCUGGGAGGUGGGGGAGCCCCGAGGACUUCAAGGGCACAGCUGUGUAUCUUGCGAGUAAGGCCAGCGGCUACGUGAGCGGCCACGUAUUGGUAGUCGACGGCGGAUGGAUGGGACGGUGA